AAUUUAAAUGAUAGAGACAGACAACAGUAGUUGGCAUAUUUGGAAGAAGAGGGUCCAUAUAUAUCUUAGUGGGAAGAAAUGAGCUCUUCCCAUCAUUGGAAAUAAUUAAAGUGAAUUACCCAUCAUUUAUUUUUUUAUCCUUAAAAUCCCCAAUUUUUCUUUAAAUUGUAUUAUUCAUCUAUAGAAACCAGUUAAGUGAUGUAUUAUUGAUGAGUUUGGUCCCAAAAAAAGCUACUAGUCUCUAGUGGAGGUUGGCUUAUUUAUCUAUAUAUGUUUAUAAUGUAUCAAAUGCAAUAAUACAUACUUUUUACUUCCUCUCUCUUUCUUUCUUGUUUUAAAAAAGAAAAGUUUAUGGAAAUUUGUUCUUGUCUAUGAUGGGUUUUAAUCCAAGUCCAAGUCCUUCUCACUUAUACCCUGAAGAACUUCAGCUCAAAUUAUACCAAGCCUUCAUCUUCUCCAUACCUAUUUUGAUUUCAAUCAUUCUUCUACUCUUGCUUUACUUGUUCUAUCUCAAGAGAAGAACUUCUAAUUCCCCUCUUCCAAUUCUUGAUAAUCUUCAACCUUCUUCCCUGCAACUGCCGGUGUCAAAUCUCAAAUCCGCCAAGCUUGAGACUGUCUCGUUUGAUCAAGUGUUGACUACUACUGAUUCAAUGUGUUGUGUUUGCUUAGGAGAAUUCGAGAUGGAGGAGGUGCUGCAUCAGAUUCCGGCAUGCAGACAUGUGUUUCAUGGUGAUUGUAUACGUCUUUGGCUACUAUCUAAUACCACUUGCCCGCUUUGUAGAUGUUUCAUUGCGCCUAGACGGUGUCGAACUCCCAAACUCGACCUUAAUUCUCCUUCUUCUUCGGUGGUGAUUCAAGUAGAAGAAUUUGACUUAUAAUUCUAUUCAUAAACAUCAAAUAUAAAUAUUGAAGAAAAAAAAUGAAGACAAUUUCAGUCUUAUAGUAUU